AUGGCGGACGCCUGGGAAGAGAUUAGGCGGUUGGCUGCUGACUUUCAGCGUGCGCAGUUCGCCGAGGCCACACAGAGGUUGUCAGAACGUAACUGCAUUGAGAUUGUGAAUAAAUUGAUUGCUCAGAAACAGUUGGAAGUAGUUCACACACUUGAUGGGAAAGAAUAUAUUACUCCAGCCCAAAUUAGUAAGGAAAUGAGAGAUGAACUACUUGUCAGGGGUGGUCGAGUAAACAUUGUUGAUCUACAACAGGUAAUUAAUGUGGACCUGACUCAUAUUGAAAAUAGAAUUGGUGACAUUAUUAAAUCAGAAAAGCGUGUUCAGUUAGUGUUGGGACAACUGAUAGAUGAGAACUAUUUGGACUGCUUAGCAGAAGAGGUAAAUGAUAAAUUGCAAGAAAGUGGUCAGGUAACCGUAUCAGAACUGUGUAAAACUUAUGAUCUUCCUGGAAACUUUCUGACACAGGCACUAACUCAGAGACUAGGUAGAAUUAUCAAUGGACAGAUUGAUCUUGAUAAUAGAGGAGUAAUUUUUACCGAAGCUUUUGUAACUCGACAUAAAGCACGCAUCCGUGGACUGUUCAGUGCUAUUACCCGGCCUACAGCAGUAAAUUCUUUGAUUUCAAAAUAUGGAUUUCAGGAGCAGCUUCUUUACUCUGUGCUUGAGGAACUCGUAAAUAGUGGACGCUUACGAGGCAUCGUGGUUGGUGGGAGGCAGGAUAAGGCGGUGUUUGUCCCUGACAUCUACUCAAAGACACAGAGUACGUGGGUGGAUUCCUUCUUCAGGCAGAAUGGCUAUCUAGAAUUUGAUGCUUUGUCUAGGCUUGGAAUCCCAGAUGCUGUUAGCUACAUAAAGAAAAGAUAUAAGACUACACAGCUCUUGUUUUUGAAAGCAGCUUGCGUUGGUCAAGGACUUGUGGAUCAAGUGGAAGCAUCAGUAGAGGAAGCUAUCAGCUCUGGAACAUGGGUUGAUAUUGCACCUCUGCUUCCCAGUUCUUUAUCAGCUGAAGAUGUUGCGAUAUUGCUACAACAAGUGAUGAGAGCAUUCAGCAAACAGGCUUCAGCCACAGUCUUUAGUGACACUGUUGUAGUCAGUGAAAAAUUUAUAAAUGACUGUAUAGAACUAUUCAAUGAACUGAUGCAUCAAAAAGCUGAAAAGGAAAUGAAAAAUAAUCCUGUUCAUUUAAUUACUGAAGAAGAUCUGAAACAAGUCUCCAUUUUAGAAAGUGUUAAUACAAGUAAAAAGGAUAAAAAAGAUGAACGAAGAAGGAAAGCAACAGAGGGUAGUGGAAGUGUGAGAGGAGGUGGCGGCGGCAAUGCCAGGGAGUACAAAGUUAAAAAAAUCAAGAAGAAAGGAAGAAAAGAUGAUGAUAGUGAUGAUGAAUCUCAGUCAUCUCACACUGGAAAAAAGAAGCCAGAGAUCACUUUUAUGUUCCAGGACGAGAUUGAAGAUUUUUUAAGAAAACGCAUACAAGAUGCUCCUGAGGAGUUUAUUUCUGAACUUGCAGAAUACUUAAUAAAACCUCUUAAUAAAAGUUAUCUUGAGGUAGUACGUUCCGUAUUCAUGUCUUCAGCUUCUGCUUCUGGAACUGGCCGAAAACGCACAAUGAAGGACUUGCAAGAAGAAGUUUCCAACCUGUACAAUAAUAUUAAGUUAUUUGAAAAAGGGAUGAAGUUUUUUGCAGAUGAUACACAGGCGGCUCUUACCAAGCACUUGCUGAAGACAAUUUGUACUGAUCUCACUAACCUCAUUUUCAACUUCUUAGCUUCAGAUUUAAUGAUGGCAGUAGACAAUCCUGCAGCCAUUACAAGUGAAGUAAGAAAAAAGAUUUUAAGUAAAUUAUCAGAAGAAACCAAAGUAGCUCUCACAAAACUUCAUAACUCUCUGAAUGAAAAGAGCAUAGAAGACUUUCUUUCUUAUCUGGAUUCUGCCACAGAAGCUUGUGAUAUUAUGGUGAAGAAGGGAGACAAGAAAAGGGAAAGACAGACACUGUUCCAACAUCGACAAGCACUGGCCGAACAGCUAAAAGUUACAGAAGACCCUGCUCUCAUUCUGCACCUCACAUCAGUUUUGUUGUUUCAGUUCUUAACUCACAGUAUGCUCCAUGCACCUGGAAGAUGUGUACCACAAAUCAUUGCUUUUCUCAACAGUAAAAUUCCAGAGGACCAGCAUACUCUCUUGGUUAAGUAUCAAGGUUUGGUUGUGAAGCAGUUAGUCAGUAAAAAUAAGAAGCCUGGGCAGGGAGAUGAUGCCUUAAGUGAUGAAUUAGACAAAGAACAUGAAGAUGUCACCAGUACUACUCGUAAAGAGCUUCAAGAACUUUCUUCAUCUGUUAAAGACCUUGUUCUGAAAUCUAGAAAAUCUUCUGUAACAGAGGAGUAAUGAUCUUAAUUUACAUUUGUCAUAUAAUCAUUUUUCCCCAAAGUUAAAGGUGAGUGGUUGCAAAAAAUUAUACUCAGUUCACAGCUCCCAAUUUCCUCUAAGAAUUAUUAAAAUAGUAGUUAUAUUAAGUGUAAAUCUUAUAAAGAUACAAAUUUUUGUAAAUUGGGUUUUCUGUGAAAGUUUUUUUUUUUUUAAUAUUAUGAUUCUAAAAAUUAAACAUUUCAGGUUCAUUUUGUUACCAGCUACUGAAUGAAGAAUAAAUUUUCUGGUAUCUUUCAUCUCUUGGAAAGGACUCAUUCAUUCUGUAAUUAGGUUUCAAAUGACGUUAUUUUUAUAUAUAUAUUAGGCAAAAGCUUAAAAUGUGGUCAUGUUUUUAAAAAAAAAGGAAAAGGACGUCUUUGGUGUCCGAAAUGAAAAUAAAUUGUGUAUUUUAUUUUGAAAGUAAAAGAAGACUUCAAACCUAAAAUACAGAAAUUUGUAAAAUAUUUUUAUACUAAGCCUUUGCCCCUAUAUCUGGAAGCUCGUUUCUCAUCUCCCUGACAAGAGAAAAUUUUUAUGUGGUUAGGGGCUUCAGUGAUGCCUUUACAGGUACAGAAGAACGCCAGAGGGUCCCUGCAUUGCUGUUUCUGAAACAAGCUGCUAACAACAGUGAGAGAAAAAAUGAAAUUUACUGCUAGUAGGUAUUGGAUGUAAGUAACAUUCUAACAUGGAAAUCACUAAAAAUUUAAUAUGAAGAUUUUUGUUUAAUUGACCUGGUUUGUAUUUCUAAACUUCAAUUUUUAUAUCAGUAGUAGCUAUAGCACCUGAUACUUUGUAAAUACCAUUGUGAUAAAUAGAUAAGUUGCUUUUUCCAGCAGUAGGGUCAUCUAUAAAUGCAUUUAAAUCAUUCGAACCUUUUUUUUUUUCCAAAAAUGGAACCCCAUCUAAAAAAUAGACAUUCUUAUUUUCUAAAGUUGAUUAGUUGAAAGUAACUUAAAAAUAGUUCCUUGGAAUAAUCAUUUUCAACUAAAUGAAUUUUAAACAAUUUAUUUGUAUAUCAAAAGAGGAAUUUAAUUGUUCUGAAUAUAAUAAUAAAUUAAAUCUCAAAUAUUAAAAAUACUAUUUUAUAUAAUUGUUUUAAAAAAGGAUCAGUUUACCUCUACCAUAGUCUAGACAAAGUAUCCUAAUUGAAAGUAAUUAAUAUAAUUGCUAAGUAUUAUUAUUAAUAUUGACAGGAAUAUAACAUUAAGGAAUAUUUUUCCAUGAGUAAUUUUCUCCUUGCAUAUUUUCAUUUAGCCAAAGGGAGAAAAAUUUUAAAUCCUCUUUGACCACACACUACAGUUAGUUUUAUUUAUUUGUUUAUUCAGCCUCCAAAAUACUGAACACCCAACCUAAACUUUUUAUUUAAUCUUUAAGAAUCUUAUCAUUUAAAAUGUUUUAGCAGAUACCAAAGUAACCCAUGUUUGUGACAAAUGUCAUUGGGGUAUUACUGUACUACAUCGAAGAAAAUAAAAUAUAUAAAAUGAAAGAGACAGUGAAGCAAAUAAAAAGAAAAACAUUGUCUUAAUUUCUUUGCAGUAAAGUUUUUCAUUUGUCAAAAUGGUUCUUAUUUUUCCACAGUAAAUAAAGAACAGUUUUUAUUAUUGUUUUUGUAAAUAAAAUUAUAUAACUGAUUUUGUAUGUAAAGAUCUAAUUUCAUUAUUAAAAUAAAAUUUGUUAAACAUUUAUUUACUGUGGUCUUAGUGAGCAGGUUAUAAUGAGAAUGUUAUUUAAAAUAACGUUGCCUGUUAAUUCUAUUAAAUUUUAUGUUUCUUUGAAGCUUUCACUAUUAUACGUAAUACUAAGACUAAUGGAUAUGUAUAUUAUGUGCAGUGUAUUUUUAUUUUGAAUUUUCAUUCUGAACAUUAUUAAAAGAUUUUAUUUUAUUGUU